AAGCUAGUUGAGUCAUUCUGCUGAUUAGCUAAGUCGUGUUAUAUUUGUAGUUCAGUUAGUGACCAGGCAGUUACCUAGCUGGUCUGUGUGCAGCAGUGAGAGCAGGUACACUAGUCUUCUGCUGUGUUGGAUCCUCUUGAUCAUCAUCAUCAUGAUAAUGAGUGUUGCACUGAUCUGGGCAGUUGUGGUGGGAUUCUGCUGUCUUCUGUGGCUCGCUGUGGGAAUACGACGCAGGCAACCUGGUGAGCCUGCAGUUGAAAAUGGCUUCAUCCCCUACCUUGGCUGUGCACUGCAGUUCGGGGCCAACCCUCUGCAGUUCCUCCGCAGCCGCCAGAGAAAGUACGGCCAUAUCUUCACCUGCAAAAUUGCUGGCAAGUACAUCCACUUCCUGUGCGACCCCUUUUCCUACCAUGCUGUCAUCCGACAGGGCAGACACCUGGACUGGAGGAAAUUCCACUUCGCUACAUCUGUCAAAGCAUUCGGCCAUGACAGUUUCGAUCCUCGCCACGGCCACACCACGGAGAACCUCCACCAGACCUUUCUGAAGACGCUGCAGGGUGAGGCUCUGCCCUCCCUGAUAGAGACCAUGAUGGGCCACCUCCAGGACGUCAUGCUGAGGUCGGACACGCUCAGCCCCAGCACUGACCGCUGGGAGGUGGACGGCAUCUUCGCCUUCUGCUACAAGGUGAUGUUUGAGUCUGGCUACCUGACUCUGUUCGGUAAGGAGCUUGGAGAAGAUAAGUCCCAGGCUCGGCAGGCAGCUCAGAAGGCCUUGGUACUCAACGCUCUGGAGAACUUCAAGGAGUUUGACAAAAUCUUCCCAGCACUGGUGGCUGGCCUGCCCAUCCACGUCUUUAAGAGCGCCUACAGUGCCAGAGAGAACCUAGCUAAGACCAUGCAUGCUGAGAAACUGUCCAGGAGGCAGAACGUCUCUGACCUGAUCGCUAUGAGGAUGCUGCUGAAUGACUCCUUAUCUACCUUCAAUGACCUGAGCAAGGCCAGGACCCAUGUUGCUCUGCUCUGGGCUUCCCAGGCCAACACCCUACCGGCUACCUUCUGGAGCCUGUUUUACAUGAUCAGGAGUCCAGAUGCUAUGAAAGCAGCCCGUGCAGAAGUGCAGAAAGUUCUGGAGAGUUCGGGCCAGACGGCUGACCCCAGUGAUCCCAGACUGACUCUAACUAGGGAACAGCUGGACAACAUGCCUGUUCUAGAUAGCAUCAUAAAAGAAGCAAUGCGUCUCUCCAGUGCCUCCAUGAAUGUGCGCGUUGCCAAAGAGGACUUCCUGCUUCACCUUGACAACCAGGAAGCUUAUCAUAUAAGGAAGGAUGAUGUCAUUGCUCUGUAUCCACCCAUGCUGCACUACGAUCCUGAGAUCUAUGAGGACCCCUAUGAGUACAAGUUUGACCGAUUCUUGGAUGAAAAUGGCCAGGAGAAAGCCACCUUUUUCCGCGGCGGCCGUCGGCUCCGCUACUUCUACAUGCCCUUUGGUUCUGGCGUCACAAAAUGCCCUGGCAGGUUUUUUGCCAUCCACGAGAUCAAGCAGUUCCUGACUUUGGUGCUUGUUUACUUUGACAUGGAGCUAUUGGACUCUGCCGUCAAGGUCCCACCCCUUGACCAAUCCCGUGCUGGCCUGGGAAUCCUCCAGCCAAGCUAUGAUGUGGAUUUCAGGUACAAGCUGCAAUCGAGGCAGUAGGAGAGGGAGUCUGCUUGGCUUCGUCUGGACUGGGAAAGGCUUUAUCAUGAACACAGUUUAGACAUUUGAAUAGACAACCUGAGCAGUGGAAGCUGAUUUGGAGCUUUUCCAUUUCUUUCAAGCAAAUGGCAAGUUGUUUUCAGAUAACCUGCUGCACAUCUUGUUUGGGUGAGCCAACUCAAAAACAGAACCUUACUUAGUACUUUACUGAAGCCUUUCAGUGCUUUUGGGACCUCAACCAUCCCUCUUCAGGGGAUCCUGACCUGAGCCCAUGUCAUUACUGUAAUCCCAGUGCUCCCUGAAUUCUGGUUGAUAUGUACAUAGUGUAAAUGUAACACAGGAAAUGCCAAUGACAAUGGCUUGUUGUACAUGUAAAUAGACUGAACUGUAUAUUUUUUCUUGCAUAUGUUUUAAUUUGAGAAUGUGUGUUCUUUAUAUUAUGGGUGGAAUAACCCUUUGAAACCACUUGAUGACAGUAUUUUUUUUGUGUGAUUCGCAAUAUGGCCAAGUGCAAUAUCCAAAUCAUAGGAGCUACAUCAUCAUCAUGUCAUGUCAGUCCUGAAUAUUGCAAGUUGUUGCCAUCGGAACCCGUCGGAAUCCAUUGGAACCUGUCGAAACCUGUCUGAACCCAACAGGGACGAGCCGGGUUUGGACAAAAAUUUUGAAAUUACAUUCAGGUUUGGGUCGGCUAUUUCAGGUGAUAAAUAUAACCUAGUAAUGGAGGACAAGCAAAAUCUUGGGCAUCAGGUUUGGACACCAAAAAAGAAUGCCUGUCGGGUUUGGGUCGGGCCCAGUUACUAUGCUUGGUCAGGUUUGGACAAAAAUAUGUGUCCCAAUCUGCACUUUAAUGCUGAAGUGUUAGUAUGGAGGACCAAAGGCAAUAAUCUACUGGGGACACGGCUGAGUUUGGUGUCCAUGAGCUCAUCUGUAACAGGCUAAGUUAACAGCUUCAUAAAAAUUCUGCAAAUUUCCGGAAAUGUUUUAUUUUUACCCACAUUAUGUCCACCAUUCUCCUCUAUAUGGCAAUCAUUUCAUCCAGCUGAUUAUUUUUGAGGCAGAGACAUGCAAGCUCUUGUGCAGCCUCAUCAAACUCUUUAUCAGUUUUUAUAGACUGCAAAAAGUAACAUUUACAGACUCCACCUUGCAGUAAAAGUUAUAGCUCCCUCUGGCCUUGUAGCUUAAUCUACGGAUUCCACUGACCUUGUCUUUUGCUCUACCUGUAUCUGAAACUAGGAAACAGGUAGUCCUCAUUGAACUGUGAAAGUCCUCAAACAUUUCAGCUGAGUGCCUUAUUAUUGGCCAGGGAAAUAAAAAUAUCAGUGUAACACUCUCCUCACUAUCAUUAUUGCUGCUGAACAAACUGCUUAACAGUGAGAUCAGCUGUGUACUGCACCCUGGCAUAUUUCUGCUGCUGGGCAACAGGAGCAAAAUAAAGCUGGAUAAAAGAUAGUGAGUUAUACACGUUUAGUGUAAUAUUAAUGAAAUGUAUGUACUUCUUUUCCAAAGCAAUGCUCCUUUUGAGAACGUGAUGUGAUAUUUUUGUUGUAGUUGGAUAGCUUGGCACAAAAGCUUCUGGCUUAAAUUUCAACUUCGGAUUAGAAAAAAAAUUCAUAGCACCUCUUUGUCAACAACUUGUAUUGAAAAGCUGAAACACUGUGGUCAGCUACCACUCUUCUCAGGAAAAGAAGCACUCUGAAACAGCACUCUUAUCUUUAUUUUAACAGGAGUUAUGGAGCAGUGGCAAACGUGAGGCUAAAAAGAAAAAAAAAAAAAAACAUCACCAAAAGCUGGAAAUGCUGUCAGCUGCAGCCACAGUUCACUGAAACUGGAGAGGGAUGUUGACUUUGCUGCUGUCACAUGCAAACCAAACUUCAAUUCCAUGCUUUCCUCUUUUCUUCCCCUUUUUUCGUAGCUUCCCUUUUGCACAGAGCAUGUUUCAUUACCAUAACCAGAACACCAGUUUCAAAAUACGUGCACCAAAGUGACAUUUAUUUCUUGAUAAUUAAUUGAACAUACAGAUGAUUUUUUUUUCUUUUACAUGAUUUUUUUUCUCCCCUUACUUGGUAAAUGAA